AUUUUCUCAAGGCAGCAGGCGUUCUGGAGUCCACCUGCACUCUUCUGCUGGCGCCGGAAAAGAGCCCAAGUCUUGUAACAAGUGAUUAUUAGCAAUUCACAGUAACUGCGAUUAGCCAGAGUCAACACGAGAGAACUGCUGUAUAAUCUAGUGCAGAGACGUUUAGGUUGAAAAAAUAAAAAUCCUGAAGUGCAUGACUGGGAAUUGAUUGCCGUGCUCACAACGGAUUUUCCCUAAGCUGUCUCAUUCCUUCAAUAAAUAACUUCGGGAACAGAACUCUCCAACCAGCUCUUCUAGGCAUCAUGUAGGAGUUAUUCUAAAAGCAAGACUGCAUCUUCCAGCAGAACUUUUUUUUUUCCUUAAUGUAAUGUCAUAACUAAAACCGACUCCCCCAAAACCUGGAAUUUGUGUCCAAGGGAGGAGGAAGCAAAGGUUUACGCUUCCGAGAUUUCUGAUGACAGUAAAACGAUCACUCGUCGUACCUCUAGCAGAGCUUUUUGUUUCCAGAUUACCGUCACGUAGAUGAGAUUCUGUCAUUUCCCAUUCUGAAAGCAAAGGGGAGUAUUCUUAUCACCCCGAUGCUUGGUGCAAAGCUCCACACACCUGGGGAGAACUGAAGUAACUAAAAAUCACAUCUGUGCUGUUCUUAGUGAAAUAGAAAGACACACGGUGUUCAGACCCAAACUACUUUUGCCCUGAAUACACUUGGCUGCCGCCACAUUUCCGAGUUCUCACAGUAGAAAAUCCUCAUUUAUACUGAAGUUCCCAGAUAGCUCAGUCCACCGCAUCUCUGUCUCUUGUGUAUACGUUACAGGCAUACCGUAUGCAUAUAUAUGUGUAUCCAUGCAUUUGUACAGUGCGUGCAAACUUCUACAUACAUACAGCUAGAUACAGAGGCAUGUACAGAGACGCUGAGUUGUGUACGCCUGUCUGUCUGUGGAAGAUUGUACUGUAGGUCCUCCUCUGUAGCCGCACCGAUUACAUGGAUCUCCGCCUAUACGUACAUCGGGAUGCCGGUGGUUCCGACCACCCCGAGACCAGAAGCAGCGCCGACCCUUCUCCCUCCAUCUGAAGAGAGCCCGUCCAGCGCCCGGGGGGGGGCCAUUCGGCAAGGUAUAAAGCUGAGAAUACAAAGGAAGAGAGGUUAAGAGCUUCACCUCGUUGCCUCAUUCUCCCUUGCACGUGAACAUUCUCUACAACGUUUCCUUCGUCGUGCCCCACCUCUCACCUGGCCAGCGCUGCCUGGAUCAUGUCCGCUAAGCUCCUGCCGGUUUUCUUCCUCCUCUCAGUGUUUCACGCCUGUUCUAGAAAGGUUGAAGAGGAUGAAUAUGAAGAUGGAACAACUAACCAAAAAUGGGUUUUAGCUCCAAAAACACAAGACACAGAUGUGACUCUCAUACUAAACAAGCUAUUGAGAGAGUAUGACAAGAAGCUGCGGCCAGAUAUUGGAAUAAAACCAACAGUUAUUGAUGUUGACAUUUAUGUCAACAGCAUUGGUCCUGUAUCAUCAAUAAAUAUGGAAUAUCAAAUUGAUAUAUUUUUUGCCCAGACGUGGACAGAUAGCCGUCUUCGCUUCAACAGCACCAUGAAAAUACUGACUCUGAACAGCAACAUGGUUGGCUUGAUUUGGAUCCCAGACACAAUAUUUCGAAACUCAAAGACAGCAGAGGCUCACUGGAUCACCACCCCCAACCAACUCCUCCGCAUAUGGAAUGAUGGCAAGAUCUUGUACACUCUCAGGCUCACCAUCAAUGCUGAGUGCCAGCUGCAGCUGCACAACUUCCCAAUGGAUGAACACUCUUGCCCUCUGAUAUUCUCUAGCUAUGGCUACCCUAAAGAGGAAAUGAUAUACAGAUGGAGGAAAAACUCUGUGGAGGCUGCUGACCAGAAAUCUUGGAGACUCUAUCAGUUUGAUUUUAUGGGUCUCAGGAACACUUCAGAAAUUGUGAAAACCUCUGCAGGUGAUUAUGUAGUCAUGACUAUAUACUUCGACUUAAGUAGAAGAAUGGGAUACUUUACUAUUCAAACAUACAUUCCCUGUAUAUUAACAGUUGUUCUUUCCUGGGUAUCCUUUUGGAUUAAAAAAGAUGCCACACCAGCAAGAACAGCAUUAGGCAUCACCACUGUAUUGACCAUGACAACUUUGAGCACCAUUGCAAGAAAGUCAUUACCCCGUGUGUCCUAUGUCACUGCUAUGGAUUUGUUUGUUACUGUAUGCUUUCUAUUUGUCUUUGCUGCUCUGAUGGAGUACGCAGCCCUCAACUACUACUCUAGUUGCAGGAAACCAAACUGUACUAAGAAGAAAAAGUCGCUACCUGAUGUCGGUUUUGGCCAUGUGAUGAAUUAUUCUGUACUUGAUAUGAGACCACCAACUACAGUCAUUACAUUGAACAAUGCCAUGUAUUGGCAAGAAUUUGAAGAUGCAUGUGUCUAUGAAUGUCUGGAUGGGAAAGACUGCCAGAGCUUUUUCUGUUGUUACGAGGAGUGUAAAUCAGGCUCAUGGAGGAGAGGACGGAUUCACAUAGACAUCUUAGAACUGGACUCUUACUCUAGGGUCUUUUUUCCUACAUCCUUCCUGCUGUUUAACCUGGUCUACUGGGUUGGAUACCUCUAUCUUUAAAUGUUGCCUGUAGUGAUGAAGACUCCUAUGUUUUCACACUGCGGAGGUAUGGUGAAAGUGGAGAAAAAGUGAAGGACACUGUCAGUUUCAUCUCAAAUUAUAAAAGCCACAUUAACCUUCACCAUCACAAAGCCUGAUGAAGAAUUUUAAUAUGUAAUUGCCUGAAAAAGAAAAGUGUGGAAGAAUUCUCUCCUUACUGCUGUUCAUUUUAAGGAAAAGAUUCUUACAAAAUUCAAUUGAAUUUGUAGUGUAAGCAAUGUUUAUGAAUAAUUAUUGUAUAUUAGAAUCUCUACUGUUCUCCCUUGGCAUAGAAGUUAUUCACAGUUCAGGCAAAGGUUAAAUAUGUAAUUUUGGUUUUUAUUCCCAUACCUUCUUCAGAAUGCUGCCAUAUUCCUGAGGCUCAGAGCAACAGACACUGGCACUGGCAAAUAAGCCAAAGCUGAUGAAACCAUUCAUUUGUAUUUAAUCUUGCUUGAGCUAUGUCCCAUAGAUUUUGGGAAAUAUUUCGUUGGUGAUCUCCCUGCUAUAGAGAAACCACCAAAUGACAGUAGGAAGUGUCUGGUGGGAUCAAAACAUGGACGUUACUUUCUUCAAAGGUCUGGGAUUCAUGGAAUUAGCCACUUACCUACACAUAUUGGUUUUAACUUAAGGUGAAAAGGUAGAGUUAUGAGAAAGCUAUUAUUUUGAUAUAAAUAAAAGACUUGCCUAUCACUGAGGCAGCUGUAGGCAUAACUUCUAAAAUUUUUCAAGCUUUUAAAUGUCUUUUUUAUGUCUGGUUAAACACAGGAUGGUCAUUGAUUUUUAAAGUACUUGAAGCAGGACAAGAUUCCUGCUUGUUUGUGUCAUUGUAGCAGAUCAUAGUUGAUAGGCCAUGAGUAAAAAUCACUAUGUAAUAGCACUAGGAGUAUGUGACUUUCUUCAGAUUACAAUUUACUAAGAAGUGCUCUCGUGCAUUCUUUUUUUUCUCUCAAAGUUAUUUUACAAAAUUGAAAAACAUGUGUGCCAAAGGACAUUUUUUGUUCCUUCCAUAAAAUGAAAUAUUGCGGUCCUUACUCACAGCAGUUGUUCCCUGAGUCUGAGCUGAAGACUGAACACUUUUCAUUUCACUUAAAAAGGGCAUUAUGGGAAUUCACUUGGAAUAAUCGUGGAAUAGUAACCACAUGUAGGAAAAUGCCGUUUUCACUUUUUCCUUACCUACCAACUAACCUGAAAAGCUGUUUUGUAUUUUUUAAGCUUUUGAGUGUUAAAUUCUUAAACUACCCAUUUUUCAAAAACUAGUUUUACAGUGUUAAACUAGAUUACAUCUUUUACAGACAGUCUUAAUUGUUAUGAGGCAAACAAAACAGAUUCAAAACUAAAUAGCAAUGGCUUGUUACUACCCUUUGGAUGACAAAUGGUUACAAAUCACUAGAGUUAAAACAUACCUAAACCCAAAAUUCUUUUUUUUUUUUCCUCUUCUGAAGGACCUGAUAAUUCUUUUACCAUCUCAAAAAAAUGUGUGUCUCUUUCACCCAGUAUUCGAUAAAAAAUGAGUAGCAGAUGUGAUCAAAGAGCAGUUCUUUUUCUCCUCAGAAGGCAAAUCCUGCAAACAAGCAAAAACUAAUGCAGUGGUAAUUCUAAAAGAACAGAAAUUCUGUUGUGUUCUUUGAAACAUCACUGUCUGUUAUUGCUGUUGCUCUGUGCUUCCAGUGAAGUUGAAUUGAAAAAUAAUUACACAAAAGUUAAUUGUAGUUAUUCAAAAUAUGUCCUUCUGUUUUUCGCUUGUCUAAAAUAUCAGACAGAACUGGAUUUAAGUGGGGUGGUCCUUUCUAAGGACUGAAAAAAUUCAAAUUAGAAGCACAGAAAAGAAAUACUUGGGUUAGGUUUAUUAGCAAUAUCUGCCCAAUCUGAUGUCUUCUGAAUCCAUGAUACCCUUCUGAUUUAAAAAUAUGUGUUGAAGAUUUUGCUAACUCUCAGUAGCAAGUUACUCUGUAAAAUCUAUUACUCUGUAAACCUCUGCAUCCUGCACUUGGAAGUAUGCAUUUUAUUUAAGAAUGUGAGUUAUAUUUUCAUCAGUGCAAGAAGGUGAUUGAAUUGAAGUUGAAUAUCCUGGUCUCUAUUUAUGAAUUAGUCUACUCUAAAAACCACCUUAGCCAUAUUUUGAAAGGACGCUAGAAAUAUUUCAAAACUAAAUAAAAGAAUUGAAAGUUAUCCUUUAGAGGCCUGAUCCUGCAAACCCUCUGCACAAUCAAUUGAUUUUGGUGGGAGUAUUGAAACAGAUGAGACACCAGAAGGUACUUUCCACCAUUAGAUCUUGAAAAGCUAAAGCGAGGUUUAUUUAGUAGUUGCAUACUUGAGUGAAUGUCCUGGGAGUAAGUGUGGAAGUAGAAUGUUCUCAUUUUAAAUGAUGUGCAUAUACUUUUCUUACACUUCUGCUCAUGGCUAUCCAUUCUUGCUAAAAGCAUACAAUCCCAUCAGAUCCUUCCUUGGAAGACUGAUUCUGCUAAGUCUAUUCAUACUGCCUCUGCUUUGUGGGUGCUUUCAUAAACAGAAGUUGGAAGUAUAUAGUUCUAUUUGCCAUGGUCCUAACAAACAAAGAAUCUGCAGACACUACUGGCUUCUCCUCUUUUACUGACAGCAGAGGACAUAUUCUACAGUGUAAUAUAUUCUAUUCUGGGUUUAUGUGCAAAAAAUUGAUUUAUAUGGAAGGUGAGCAGCCACAGGCUGGCAGGUUCCAGAAUGCCUUCGUCUGCUUAUUCCUAGUUGCUUGGUUUACUCUCUCUGCUUCACUGCUCUGUCUUUGGCAGCCACUGAAAAACCAGAGAUCAGGAAAGAUAAGCUUUCUAGGCUCUGCAGUUCAUUCAAAAUGCUGUUAUUCUAGACACCUAGAUAAUGUGGUCUGCAUAUAUCUAUGUGCCAUAUCCUUCUGUAAUAGUAAGAAUAUCCUUAUUAACCUCCAGAUAUUCUUUUGAAAAUUGAAAAAAAUCAACAGUUCUGUGCACUGUGCACUGAGAAAUGCAAGAACCACCUUUUAGCAUUUUGGAACAUUUUCUUCUGAGAUAAUUUCUUUUUCAAGACUUACAUUUAUUCAAUUACUUCUUUAUGUUAUUUAGGACUUCUUUUUAGCCUUUCAAGGAAGGGAAGGAAACAGAGAAAGACAAAACUGAAUUACUAGUGGAAUGAAUGAAUUUGGAUAUGUAUGUAAAACCACAAAUCAAGUGUCUUCACAUUAGACUCCUUCCUGUUUGAAGUUACAGAAAAGAUUGUGAGGCUUUAUUUAGCUAACCAACUUUUCCCAGGAAGAUCUAAAGUAAAACCUCUUAUUCUCUCUCUUCAAUUAAAAGUUGAUGGAUGACGUUUUCUGGCAUCGAGGGCAACAUUUUCAAGAUAGUUAAGAAUUUAUAAAAAUAUUGGUCUGCUUAAUUCAGUCUUUUCAGUUCUCCUGGCCUGAUGCCUAGCAUAUUGACAACUUCUUCUUUUACAGUGAUUCUUCCAAGAAUAAGCAUAUGAAAACUUGCAGCUGGUUUAUGCUGUGUCCAUUUCCAGCAGUAAUGUGGAACUGAAGUACACCACACACCACACAAUUUUAAUGUAACUUUCUAAUCAAGAAGUACGGUUAUAGAUUACAACACCUUGGGCACUUUGAUAACCUUUCUUCUCUUUCAGAUGCUAAUUUUCUCCUCCACCGAUUCUCACCUGUAUAUUGGUGUAUUGCAUGUGCCAAUAAAAAUGCUAAAAAUUACAGCAGGAAGAAUCAAAAAAGCCAGAACUGUCUUCACAGAGACAGCAAUGAGUAGUGAAGCUAAAAGAGGAGGAAGAAAUUAUUUCUUAUUGCUGUGCAAUUCUUAUCUGUCCCACUCCUCUUAUUCAAUUCUUCCUACCCACUACCCACAGCUAAUUCCAAAUCAUCCAAGUGGUGGUUUGCACAUUUAUCAGCUGGAACAGCAAUGACACAUGAACCUUUAGCUGAUAGGAAAUGAUAUUUCUGGAACUGGAAGCAUCAUGCCAAAUAGCUCAGAUAGAUAGAUAGAUAGCUAUGAUCUCGAACACUUUUGCAGCCCUAAUGUGUCUUGGAGUCUAUCACAGCUCACCUUACUUGAUCAUUUCAUGAAGGGAAGAAUGCUUGCCUCCUUUUUACACCAAAUUUCACCAUACACCUAGGAAAGUGGCUCUGCCCUGCCCAUGCUCCAAGCGACCAGGAGCAGCUCUGGAAAGACCUAGUUGCUGUACUGCUUUGUGGGCAGGAAGACUCCAUAUUUUAAGACAGAUUUCAUUAGCCUUACAAUCUGGAGGGUUGGUGUUACCUUCUAAGCUGUAAAACAAAGCGCCCACUACAGCUUAUAAAGGCUGUCCAUAACAGACUGUACUUUCCCCAUUGGCUGCUCUUACUGGGUUUCCAUAAAGCACUAAGAAAAGGCAAGCCAUACCCCAUAAUCUUAGCUGCCUACCCAAUUAGAUUACUUUUUUCAAGGGAUAUUAUUCUCGCUUACAGUGAAAUCUUUGUGCCUCUUACGUUAGUGCCUUUAGCAUUUCUUGAUAUCGAAGGAUAUAUUAUUCCCAGCCUGAGAGUUAGAAAGAGGGACAGUGACCUUGCUGGAGUUCUUCCUGAGCACUACAGUGAGUGACCAAUAUUCUAGAUGUCUUCAACUUAAACAUUGAGCAUUUACAUUGAGCAUUUGUCCAAUUUUUUUCUUUUUUUUUUUUUUAAGCAGUCUGUAGGUUUCUUAAUUCCUAAGUAGCAAAGAAACUGCAAUGGGAUUUCAGCAGUUUAGCAAAUUCUUCCUUCUUCACUUAGCAACUUCAUUCCACCAAGAGAUGCAGUGCAUAUACUUAAGGCUAAUGUUUACUUCAUCCAGGUCACUUCACAGAAGACUCUUUAAAACAGGCAAAAAACCAAACUAUGCAUUGGGAAUGCAUUUCCACAGCUGAAAGGUGAAGUUCUUUUUCCCUUACAGCCUUUUUUUUUUCCUGAGUUAAUUUUAGAAUCUUCCUCCCUCUCUCCCUUCACCUAUAAAAUUAGCAAGAAUGAAAUCACUCACGUACUGAAAACUUACAUUAAAACUUACACUUAAAUACUGAAAAAAGUAUAGUAUAAUCUUAUACUAUAUUUAUAUGCCUAAAAGCUUCUUAUGAUUCACCACAUUGUCUUCUUGAAGGGUUCCAGUAUGCGUGUGAAAAUCAAAGCCUUCCUUCAAGACUCAGUUGCCUUAAUAGUUUUAUCUUUUCCCCUGGGAUCCAUGGUCUGUCUGGAAAACAAACAGAGAAUCUACUUUCUUUAUUGUUUAGACCACUGUUUUAGAUGCUAAAAAAACCCCUAUAUUUUAUAACUAAAAGGAAAUGGUGUUUUAAUAGGAAAAAAAAUCAUCUCCAUUUGAAUUGCAUUGCUCUGACAAUAAUUUUUUUAUACGCCAUACCUGUGGUGUAUAACUUAAAGUGAUAUACUAUCCUAUAAACCUGUCUAGGACUAAGUCCUGAAUUAGGGAUAAAUAUUGCUCUAAUAAUCUAAUUUACCUAGCAGCUGUUUCUUUAAAUAACUUUGGAUUGUGACUGACUUCAGGCAGUUAGCUAGUGACCACUGAUAUUCCUCAAGGGAGAUACUGAAGAUCUGUGAUGAUGUAUUCCUACAAGUUUUACUUUCGUUUCUUUUUUCUCUUUUGUUGUGGGUCCUCAAGACAAUGUCUGUAUGCAUCUGGACUACUCAAGGGUUUUCCUAGAAUACAUGUGAAAUUAAAAAAUAAAAUUCAUCAUGAAGUUCAGUGCCUCAGAGUUGGACACCUGAGAAUUCUCUACUUUCUAUCAAAACAUGCAUUUUGAUCUUCUAAUCAUUUGCUAUUUAUGAAGGACAAAGUAAGACAGCAGAAGACGUGGUUACGUUUAUUCAUGUCUGGGGGUAGACUUGCUCUAGGACUGAAUCAGGCAAAUCAGGCACUGAUACAGUCAGUUAUUUGCCAGACAUUCUUUUACCUAGGUAAUGAGUGACACUAGCCAGAGGAGCCACAACAGCGUCUUUGCUGUCAUGCACUCACAUAACUUAGCUUUACUCGGAGGCCUCAGCCAGCCUGCAGAGCUUCUUAUAAAGAAAUCCAGGUGCUUCUUUUAGUGUUUAAUACAGCACUAAAUAGUCUUCUAAUGCCUCUUUACCUUCUUACAGUCUAUGGCAGUGCUUGGAAGAAAUGAAGCUGUAGGGACAUAUUGUAUUACAAAAUACAAAGAAUACAAUAUCCGGAGUGAAGCUGCUUAUGGCUUCACUGUGGCUUGCUGUUGAGAAUGUGUUAUGAUUGCAAGUUUCAAGAAAAGGCCUCUAGGUCUGAGUCAAAAGCUUCCUCAUCAAUCAGGACCAUUGAUCAGAAGAGGGGUUUAAGUUAAAAUAUUCCUACAAGCAGACAGGAGGAGCUUUGGGUCAUAGAAUCACAGAAUCACAAAAUCACAGAAUGGUUAGAGUUGAAAGGGACCCCAACCCCACUGCCAUGGGCAGGGACACCCUCCACGAAACCAGGUCAUGUUCUGGAAGUGCUGACUAUCCAUUGACAGGCUUAAAAGCUUGUGGAGAGCAGAUUUCUAACUUAAGUACUUAAAGUGAGAUUUGUGAUUUACGAUCUUUAAGUAUUUAUCUAAAAUAGGUAGACGCCAAAAUUUCUAAAUUGCACAUAGAAAAUAGAUGAAGAGAUCAAUAUUCCUGCUGUAUUUUAACUGCUGACACAUGUAUGUGAAACAAAGCACGCUAGAGUCCAUUGAUACUUACAGACCACAUGGGAUCCUUAAAAUGUGAGCUGCUGUUGAACUCACCGAAAGCUGGUUAAAUAAUUGCAUCUGACACUGUUGCACAGGCAGACCAGGGAAGUAUGCCAUUGCUAAAGUGCUCCAAAGACAUAAGCUUCCACAAAAGAGUACUCCUCUGAACAACAGUGGGAAACCUUGUGCAGAGAGAUUACAGUAUCAGUCCCCCAUAUUCUCUUUUAUAGUCAUUAAGGACUCUCGUGGCUUUAAUGUCGUCCAUACUCACAUGCAGUGCUAACCAUAAAUCAUGGGCCAACAUGUGGCUGUUGCAAGUAGGAACACUAGGCUGGAGAGAAUCUGAGUCCUGUCAGAGGCUAUCAAAAGCAGUCAUCAAACAUCUCAUAUAAUCCUGUUUUAAACUCCAUAUAUGGUUCGCAAAACAUUUUUUCACAACAUGAUAACGUACGGAUUUUUUUUUUAAGUGAGUGCAAUUUUAGGAAUCACAUAAAACUGCCAACUAUGUGCCAAAUUGAAUUUUCUUAUAGAACACAAAAAAUUUUAGAUUUCUAACUAUCCUUCUUUCCUAAGUUUUUCUUAGGGAUGUGUGAUUUCUUUGCUAGCAGUGCAGCUUGUGAUGUCAUAGUGAAAUGAAAGUACAAUUAUGUGCCCAAUGUGCCUUGAAUACUACAGGUAGCACUAGUACCAGUAUGUCAUUCUAAGUUAGGUAGCCAUUCUAGUGAUCUCCCAGACUGACCUAACCAGAAAAAUCAAACACCCGUGUGCUUCAUCUCCUCAAGUUCUCAGACAACAACUUUCCCUUAUCGAUCAUAUCCAUUCCAGUUUACUUUGUGUUAAGGAGUAGGGCUGUGCGUCUAGAAUACUAUUUAUAUUCGUAUUUUGAUCCCAACAUUUGUAUUUCUGGAUACAAAUAAAUACACAUUAUCAGAAAAUGCAAGUAUUGCGUGCAUAUGUUAGUGGUUUUAUUUUCUUACAAAAGUUGUGAGCUUAACAAAAUAGAAACAGACAUCUGAAAGUUUGCCUAAGAAAAAAGGCACAGUGUAAUAACUUUCUGAUGGGUGUUCUUGAAAGGAAUUUUAGAAGAGUCUUUAAAAAUAUUUUCAAUAGUCAGCAUGAGCAGCCAGUAAACUAAAAGAUUUGAGACAGAUUUAUUCAUGGAGCUAACGUGAAGUGGGAAGAAUAUUAUACAAAAUUCAAAGAGAAAUCCAGGAAUAAGAUGUGUCUUUUGAAUAAACUGCUUGAAUAUAAAGACUUCAUCAUUUAAAAAUUGCAAUCAAAUUUGUUUUCAAAAUUUUCCCAAUCCCAACUUUUUCAGUACACUGGAAGCUAGUUCUUUGGGUCCGCUUACACAAUGAAAUUUACUGAUAAAACUAUACUCUGCAUUUUUACAAUUAUAAUUUCUUUGGCAGCCAUUUAUUGUAAAGAGAGUGUCUUCUUGGUUUAUCUUAUUUGAAUGCAAUUUAAUUUUGCCUCUGUACAUUCAUGACCACAGAAUUGCCAAUCUUGACUCAGUUUGACUAUGAAAUCCCUACUCCUUUUCAGGAUUCCAGUCCAUGGUAACACUGGAGCUGACAGCUGAGCCACAGAUAAUGCAGAAACUCCCCAGAUUUCUCACGAUCUCAAAGAUUUCCCUAUCUGAGCUUGUGAAAUUUAUACUUUCUGUAUGUUCCUACCACUAAGGCAUUUUUUUCCAAAAUAUGUUUUAUUUCACAAAAUACCCCAAUUACACCUAAUUCUUCCGUAUUAUUUCAUUCAACUUUCACUAAAAAAAUCUCUUUUUCCCUUCAAAAGCUCCAAUGUUUUCACUUCUUAAUUUGACAUGUAAUUCCAUGGUUUGCCUCUGUUAGUGUUUCGAUACAACUGGUUACUAGUACUGACCUGUCUACUUAAAAAUAAACAUAGAUUCUGGACUUUCCUAACAACA